GGUCAUUUGACAACCAGCGUGUGUCAGUAGACUCGCGGUUACAGAAAAAGAUGCACACGGCGUCAAUGCAUGGUUUAUUUGAUCGCAUGGAUCGCGGACGAAUGGCUGAUCAGGAAUGGACAAAGAAGACACCGGACGAACGUUUUAGAGAAAUGUCUGGUAUGAUGGAUACAUUGGUCAAGUCGCUGCACAGACCACGUUUUUCCAAGCAGCGAUUCCAGAUGACAGCCACCAAGGAACGCAACAUGUUCAUGUCUGACCUGUUCAGCAAGGUGGACAAGAUGGAAGGACGACGACUGGAUAACCAAGAUGCACAGAUCCGUCCGCGUAGCAGGAGUCCAACAGGAAUGAUGCCUUCACCUCCCCCUUCACCGCGCAUUCUGGAAGAAGAAGAAAAGGAACAAGACAUUUUUGAUUUGUUUGACCAUAUGGCACGAUCACAGUUUUCCAAUCAACGGGCAGUAUACCGAGGACCGGUCCAUACUGGUAGCAGCAACAACAGCAGCAACAAACCAUCUUCAUUUUCAUCGCCUUGUGCUGCAUAAUUAGCAUAAGCCCCCUUUUUGGUUUUGUUGUUUACCGUAUCAACCUACUAGUACCUUUGCCUUUUCAUUUCAUAAUCUCUAUUUAUAGCUCUCCGUCUACUACUUGACCUUCUGUACAGUAAAGUAUUCGCUUUUUAGCAUAAUAUACAUAACUUUUUUUUAUACUAUUAUAAAAACCCCCCAUCCAACCAAAAGCAAGCAACAACAGCAAACAAUGAAUUUCCUAGCGGAGUGGCGUCUCUUUCAAGGGCGAUUUUGCCCUUCAGGCGCCCCUCUUUAUAUUUUCUUUUCCUUUCACUCUACCCUAUCUUACGUCCUCAUGGCUUCUUUAUUUCGACCCGUCUCCAUUUCCACAAAAUUUGCUAGGGUAAAUAGUUAUGCUUGAAAGCAGCUUUAACUCUCUCCCUCUCUCUUGAAAUUCUCACUCUUGUGUUGCGCACAUUCUUUAGGCAUUUUCGUCGUCAAGUGCUC